AAACGGCUGUAGCUCUGGCGCCGCUCCGGCGCAUGCGCGGAGGGAGCAUUGCGUGCAGCACGCUUGCUGCCGCGGCGGGGCAGUUGGUAGCCGUAGAGCGGUAUCUCCUGAGCAGUGAUCGCCGCUAUGGUGCUGGAGAGCUUAGCCCGUAUCAUCAAGGUGCAGCUGCCCGCGUACCUCAAGAGCCUGCCUCUACCCGAGAGCGUCGGCGGCUUCCUCCGCCUCACAGUUGCAGAAUGGCUGCGGUUGUUGCCUUUCCUUGGCGUGCUGGCCUUGCUCGGUUACCUCGCUAUUCGCCCGUUCCUCCCCAAGAAGAAACAGCAGAAGGACAGCUUGAUUAACCUGAAGAUCCAGAAGGAAAAUCCAAAAGUAGUGAAUGAAAUAAACAUUGAAGAUCUGUGCCUCACUAAAGCUUACUGCAGGUGUUGGCGUUCUAAGACGUUCCCUGUCUGUGAUGGCUCCCACAACAAGCACAAUGAAUUAACAGGAGAUAAUGUAGGUCCACUAAUACUCAAGAAGAAAGAAGUAUAGCAGAUGCUUAAUCCACUAGAUAAUGACUGAUUAAAAAGUCUUUUUAUACUGUUGUAGUUGCAAGGGACAGCAUUUUAUUAUGUGAUUGGUAUGACUUAGUCUAAUGAUUGCUGUAGAUUACUUUUUUGGAAUAAACUAUUUAGACAGUGCUAAGUUUGUCACUGGUUUGAUACUUUAUUCUGAGAAGAAUUAUGUCUGCUUUGUAAAACUGUAAAGUAACUAUACCUGUAAAUAAAAUUACUUCCUACAAUUAA